AUGUCGUUGACAGUGCCAGAACAAAAGGCAAAUGGUCCUUUUACUGCGCAGGCUGCGAUCAUUGUGUUCCAUGUGCAAAAGGUGCUUGAACUCCUACAAAACCGUGACCGUGCCUACUUAGAGAUAAAUGACAGCGAGGGUCACCCAAGCAGCAGCCACCAAACCUUGAAAGGAACCUCAAAAUGGGCUACAUCACUGGAGAACCUCCUCGAAGAUCCAGAAGGAGUGAAACGAUUUAGGGAAUUUUUAAAGAAGGAAUUUAGUGAAGAAAAUGUUUUGUUCUGGCUAGCAUGUGAAGAAUUUAAGAAAACACAGGGGAAAAAACAGAUGCAAGAAAAAGCUAAAGACAUUUACAUGACUUUCCUGUCCAGUAAAGCUUCCUCCCAAGUCAAUGUUGAAGGGCAGUCCCGCUUGAAUGAGACCAUUUUGGAAACACCUCAUCCUCUCAUGUUUCAGAAGCUCCAGGACCAGAUAUUCAAUCUCAUGAAAUAUGACAGCUACAGCCGCUUCUUAAAGUCAGACAUAUUCCUAAACCAUAAGAAGUCCGAGGAGCAAGAGGAGAAUUCACCAGAGGCUCAGACUGCAGCUAAAAGAGCAUCGAGAAUUUACAACACAUGAUGCAAUGAAUCUCCUUCAGGAGAGGCAAUACCAUAACUAAAUUACACUCAGGAACAGUCGAGGAUAAUAGCAGUUGCAUUUAGGGCUUGAAAAGCUCAAAACCUUUUUAGGAGAUACUUACUUUCUUAAUUGCUUGACCGACUAAUUGUUUUUGCAUGAUAGCUAAUAACCAAGCACCCAUGGAAAGGCUGUUUCCUAGCUGAAAGGCUGAGGUGUUCCUCCGUAGCGUGAAUUGCAUUUCAUAUUUCACAAGUUAAAAUGCUUUUGAUUUCUGUGUUUUCCUUUGUGAGGCAUCAUGAUGAUGAGAAAUGGGAGGCAGCGUGGUGAUUUGUUUUAUUUUUGCCUUGUAAUUUUUAUUUGUGAGCAGCUUUUCCAUCGUGAACUGCUGGGAGAAGCUGUUGAGGAGUACAUUUCACAUUGCUUGCUGGAUGAGUCAUUCACAGCAAACUUAAUCACGAAGGGACAGCAUCUUCCAGGGUUACGCUCAAGAGAAUCCAAUCCCUUCCUGUGUAACUUUGUUCUUUCAAGGUGACACCUGUUUUGCUUUGCUUUUAUUGUUGAAUCAAAACACUUCUCUAGUCAGGAUUUUAAUUUCUGUAUUUCUUAAAUUCCCCCCCCCCCUUU